AUGGCUUUGAUAAAUGACAGGAAAACGUUAAGAGUUAACGGGAGGGAGCCAAAAGGAAACUACAACUAUUGUCAGAGACCGGGACACUACGCAAGAAACUGCUGCUCACAAAAUACUAAUAUCAACACAAAUGCCUAUAAUUUUGGUGGCAAAAAUGAUAAGUACAAUAAUUACAAUAAUCACAACAAAUAUAACAGGGGCUAUAACAAUGGCCCAUCGGAGUCGUAUAACAGAUAUAAUAACUACUACAACAGAAACAACAAUUACAACACUGGAAAUAAUGGAAACAGCAAGUACAACAAUACGAAUACCAAUUAUUAUGAUAGGAAUGAUUACAAUAACAGGUAUAAUAAUUACAACCCCACGGGCAGUAACUAUUACUUCAAUCACAGCUACGGUGACCCUUAUAAUGAUAACAACGGGGACACAUCCAACCGUUAUGAAAAUGACUAUACAAAUCAGGACAGUAUAAUAGAAGAGACCGCCCGCCAGGUCACCAUCGUCGACGUGUGUGUCCCCUUCGAAAACAGAAGGGAGGCCCUUGGUCAAGCUCGCCGGAAAAAGCUAAGCAAAUAUCAGCCAAUUGUGGACAAGCUUACCAAGCUUACGGGGCUACCACGUCGAGGUGGAGGCCUUUAUUGUGGGUGCGCUUGGUGCGUGGAGUGGCCACAACGAGAGGGUCCUCGGCCUACUGAAGAUCAGCAGAUGGUACGCCAGAAUGAUGAGAAGUUUUAUGGUGAGUGA